AUGACAAUCCGUAAAGUAACCGACACCGAAGAAGGAGCAUACACCGAAGGCACAGUCACGCUUCCUCCCGCAGGCCUCCCCUCUCGCAAGCCAACCCAGUCCUACUGGCUCCGUGAGCCGUCCCCCGUCUUGCUCGGCCAUCGGACAACCGAUGCAUUGCCCGAGACCGCUGACGUUGUCGUUGUCGGAAGCGGCAUCACGGGGGCGUUUGCUGCCAAGUUCCUGAAGGAGGGCUUCCCCGUCGUCCCCGGCCCCGGCCAAGGUGAAGAAGAAGAGGAAGAUGGUGAUGAGAAGAGGCUGGGACAGGAACGGACGGUGGUGAUGCUGGAGGCUAGGGAGGCUUGCUCUGGUGCAACGGGCAGGAAUGGAGGGCACUGUCAGCCCCUUGUGUAUGGGUCGGUGCCGGAGGUAGCUGCCUUUGAGCUGGAGGUAUUUGAGUUCAUGGAGAGGUUUGUGAGGGAGGAGGGAGUGGAUUGCGAUUGGGUGAGCCUCACCGGCGUCCAUGCCUUCCUCUCCGAAAACAUGUUUGAGCUGGCCGCAGCAGAAGCCGAGCAGCUCCAACAGAGCCAUCCCGAACUAGCUGCCCAGCUUGAGGUAGUCCGAGCCUCAGAAUCCUCCUCCGCCGUCACAGACCAGAACGACACACUGGCCUCCCUCCGCGUCCCCUCCGCCAAGGGCGCCAUCAUCCAGAAAAAGGCGGCAUCCCUCUGGCCCUACAAGCUCGUUGCCUGCAUCCUCGAGCGUCUCAUCUCCAAGUUCCCAGCGCCGGGCUUCAACCUCCAGACCAACACGCCAGUCACAUCCAUCUGCCGCCACGAAAGCGGCACCGGCUGGACCCUGCACACGCCGCGGGGGAACAUCAUCGCCCGCCAGGUCCUGCUGGCCACCAACGGGUACACCUCUCACCUUUUGCCCGCCUUCUCGGACUUGAUCGUCCCCGUGCGAGGACAGAUCGGCGCUUUGCUACCGCCCCGAGCGGACGACCGCGGUGCUGAUGCUGUCGAGGAAUCCAGCCAGCCCCCAGCAAAAUUGGCCCAUUCAUACGUCUUCGCUGCGGACCCGGAGCCCGGUUCCGAUACCCCCGCGCCGAGGGACGACUACCUCGCCCAACGCCCGCUCCCGGCGGGGGAGCUGAUCUACGGUGGGGGUAAACGCUUCGCCCGGAGCCUCGGAGUGGGUGAGUGGCGGGACGAUGAAGUGGAGGAAGAUGUGGCCGCGUAUCUGAGGUCGAACCUCUCGCCGCCCUUGGACCUGAAGCCAGAAUCAGAUGUUGAAAAACGUGGGCCGGAACUGCCAGGCGGUUGUGGAUUGGAAGCGUCCUUCGAGUGGACGGGCGUUAUGGGAUACAGCAGGGACCAUCAUGCUUGGGUCGGGCCGGUGCCAGAGAGCUUGGGCGGCGGCGGGCCGGGAGGGGGACUCUGGAUUUGUGCUGGGUAUACGGGGCAUGGCAUGCCCGCUGCGGCACUCUCCGCGAGGGAGGUGGUGAGGCAGAUGAUGGGUGGUCGAGUGGCGGCGGAGGAGAAGGCUGGUGCGAGGCUUCCGCAGGAGUUCGUGUUGAACGAGGAGCGGGUGGCAAGGGCGAGGGGAUUGCCUCAUCUAACUCAGGGGUGGGAGGCCACUAACUUGGCCUCGCUGAUCACUGGCGCAGGACUCCUCGCCAGUGGAAAGGGAAUGUGAAGGGGUGAGUUGGAUACCGGUUUGAGCAUGUCGAAGAGCAAAUCUUGGGAUACCGACUAGAUCAAAUGAAACAUGAAACAACAAGCGUUCGUCUUAUUUGCUAUUUUCACUGAGCAGAUCGU